CUUCGAUCUCAUGCAUAUGCAACUUGCGUGCACGUAAAGUCCAACUAACCUAGAACGUCACGAAUCUGACGUUUUCUUGUUAUUUAACAACUCGUCCUGUCGCUGUUGCUCUUGAGGAAUUUGGAAUAAGACCAGCAAAAGGCAGUGAAAGUAUCUGGAACGCAAGAGCUAACGUUCGAUUUCGAGCUCUCUUUUAUCUUAUUGAGAAUAAGACUCCCGGUUGGGCCUCCCACACUGAAUUUAAGGUCAGUCAAAUUCGUGGUAGCCGCACGGUCAGAUACGCACGCAACAUUCCAACAACUACGAGAGACGGGAAGCGUCGAAAACCCUUGAACCUCGCUAACAAAACACCCUUUUAACACCUUUAACUAAAUCAUAAUGAAUCACAGUAUGCACCACAUGGGUCACGAUAUGGCGGGUCAUCAUGGUUCGUCUGGUCACGAUAUGGCCGGUCAUGGUAUGGCUGGUCAUGAUAUGGCUGGUCAUAAUAUGACCCCCAAAGAGGGAAUGGGACACGAGAUGGCCAUGUGGUUUCACGUUGGAUACACAGAAACAAUCUUGUUCAAACCGUGGCAUAUCAGCACCAUCGGAGGUCUCAUCGGAUCCAUGAUCGGUAUCUUCUUCCUGGCCGCCCUCUACGAAGGCCUGAAGUAUUACAGAGAAUAUUUGUUUUGGAAGACGUACAAUGCGCUUCAAUACCGUGCCGUCACCUUGCCACAAUCGAAGGAAGUCGCCCUGGAGGAUAACAAGAUUGUGCAUAUGGUUGGUGAAGUCAUCCACAAGCAACCGCCGACGAUGUGGAGCAAGAUGCACUUCUUCCAAACGCUGCUGCACAUAGUGCAGAUGAUCGUCUCCUAUUUCCUCAUGCUGAUCUUCAUGACGUACAACGUGUGGCUCUGCCUUGCCGUCGUUCUGGGCUCCGCCGUCGGGUACUUCCUCUUCGGAUGGAAGAAAUCUGUGAUCGUCGACGUGACCGAACAUUGCCAUUAACAUCGUUCGUUUUCAUAUAGUAGGACCGUAUUUUAGACAAUAAUUAAGUAAAGUAUGUUACGUAACGAUCUUCGAGAAAGAGAAAGAUAGGCGCGUAGCGCUUGUGGAGAGGUGCGGUGUAUUUUACUUUUGUUGACUACUACUAAAAACGAGACGCAGUUCCUUGGAUCGAUCGACGACGGUGUAUGUCUAUGGUAUCAUCAUCAUCAUCAUAUUAACGAAAUUUAUAUUCAUUGAACGUUUCUAACAUUUCUUUCAAUAUUCUAUUUUUUUCUUUGUUAGUAUUACUUAACUACUAUUAUUAUUGACUAUUCCAAUUAGAAAAUAACAAAUUUUCUAGAAUUUUUCGCGAAUGAUGACCCAAC